AUGUCCGUCUCUGUGUCAUUUGGCUCCACGCCGUCGACAUUUGACCGUCAGCGCGAACGUACUCCACCACAGCGGAACUCCAGCUCUGCGACGUAUCUUCCGCAAACUCUGGUGCUGGGCAUGUUCUUGAUUAUCUUUGGGGCGCAGAUCGCGGUUAAUAUUGCUCAGGUAAGACGAGUCCAGAGCCGGAGGCUUCGGGAGGGUGUUAGGAGGACUAUUGUGGUCAAUGGGCCAGAGUCGGGGCAUCAGGGGGGAGAAAUGGUAGUGGGGGAGGGGAGAGAUAGAGGCGAGGGAGCGAGCAGAGAGCCCGGUGAGGUCCCCGGAGGGCGUGCUGGGGAGCGUCUUGAAACUGGGGACGCUGGUUGA